AUGAAGUGUGUGGAACGGAUACUGUGGAUCGUAGUACGGUGCAAAGAUGGCAUAAGACGACGUGAUGGUCGUAUAAGUAUUGAUAACAACCCUCGCUCUGGCCGACCCUCUACGGUUACUCAAGACAACACUAACGCGGCUAUUCUCGCAACUCUACUCGAUGAAGACCGACGAAUAACGGUGAGAGAGAUAGAGAAUGAAACAGGUAUUUCAAAAUCAAGUGUUCGCCGCAUUUUAACGGAAAUUCUAUAGAAACGAAAGAUUGCAGCACGUUGGGUGCCUCAUUUUCUGUCACCGGAACAGAAGGAUACACGCAAAGACAUCUGCCGUGAACUCCUUUCUCGCUACGAAAAUGAAAAAGAAACGUUUCUUGAUCGUAUAAUUGCAAUAGAUGAGACUUGGAUCCGUGAUUUUGAGCCGGAAUUAAAAUCUCAAAGCAAUAUUUGGAAGGGAAUAACAUCACCAAGAGCAAAAAAAGUUCGUCGCCAGCAAACAAAGGUGAAACAAAUGAUGAUUUUUGCUUACGAUAAACUUGGGAUAAUUGUCACUGAUCGAGUUCCAAUUGGCAUUAGUGUAACCGGAGAUUACUACAAAACAUUCCUUGCCAAAAAAUUGCGACCAGAAAUCCGUAAAAAGCGACCAGGAAUGUUACAAAAUGGUGUGUCCAUACUGCACGGUAAUGCGCGGCCGCAUAUCGGAGCACCAGUCGUCGCUCUUUUGGAGAAAUAUGGAUGGGAACGCCUCAAACACCCACCGUAUUCGCCGGAUUUAAGUACCCCGGACUUUGAUUUAUUUCAAAAACUGAAGGAACCACUUAGAAGGAUCCGUUUUCCCAACUUAGUUAUACUAAAUGAAGAAGUGAGCCGAAGGAUCCGUGAACUCAACAAAGAUGGCGUCCUAUGCGGCAUUCAAGCGCUCCCGAAACGAUGGCAAUCGUGUAUAGACAAGCAGGGAGAUUAUAUCGAAGGUCUAUAAUAUUGUAUUUAGUUUGAAAUAAAAAAUUAUUUAUUCAGAGCAAAUUGUGCAUUACUUUUGGGACAACCCUCGUACUUUUUCUUCCUGCAUUCUUUAUAUCAAACCAUACUAUAUCAUAAGUAUCAUCACCCUCUCCCCUCGCAAUGGAAUCAUUUAAGUUUUUGAUGAGAAGUGGGAAGGAAAUUUUGAUCAAGUAUAUCAAAGAACAAAUAAUCGCUUGCAAAUUAUUCUCAAUUAACAUUUUCCUUUAUGUAGUAAUUAUCAUAAUAAAAGGACAAAUAGCUAUUUUUUUUUAUUUUUUUUUUUUUUAAUUAUAAAUUAAUAAAGUACCUACCUUAAAGAUAUAAUAUUAGAUUUUAUCAGACGGACUAAAUUAGUAUAUAUAAGUAUAGAGUAUACGAUAUUCAUCAUCUUUGAAGCAAUAUGUGAUAACUGUCGAUGUUUUACGAGUUAAUUUGUUAUUUAAAAUUUUAAGAAACAUACAUUUUGGAAUUAUUUUUCUCCAGUAUUAAAAUUAUUGCAAAAAUAUGUGACAUAAAAAACGAAUAAAAAUAAAUACCAUAAUAAUAUAGCUUAUGUACAACUUUUUUAUUCCGUACUGCACAUUUAACAUUUCGUAUUACACAAAGUGUAUCGUAUUACACACAAUUUUAGUCUCUAAAUUUGAACUUAUUGGACGCAAUUGUUGUAUUUUACAGACUUUUGGAGUAAAGAAGAGAUGGCCAACGAAGACCUGUCGCAUCCGAUGAGCAUCAAAGUCAAAUCGAUAUGUACGAGGGAUAAAAAUCGGUACGUUACCGACGGCAAGCACGCCGGACAGACGACGUUGCCAAACGAUGCGCAGCCGGCGCCUCUUUCCAGCGUGUUCACGAUCCGGCAAAAUUCGAUCUCGUCGUAA